UGUCCUCGCCGUACCUUCCUCGCUUGUCUUAUCCUCGCUUCGAAGUUCCUGCAAGAUAGGUCCUACUCAAACCGCGCUUGGGCAAAGCUCGCCGGAUUGCCUCCUCGUGAGAUCGGCCGUUGUGAACGGGCUCUCGGCGAAGCACUGCAAUGGCGCCUGUGGGUC